GCGGCACUGACAUGGUAGGAAGUUGACCAUGGGUGACUGGAACCUUCUAGGAAGCAUCCUGGAAGAGGUCCACAUUCAUUCCACCAUCGUAGGAAAGAUCUGGCUCACCAUCCUCUUCAUUUUCCGCAUGCUGAUCCUGGGAGCUGCCGCCGAGGACGUGUGGGAUGACGAGCAGUCUGAGUUUGUUUGCAACACGGACCAGCCAGGCUGCAAGGCUGUCUGUUACGACAGAGCCUUCCCCAUCUCCCUCAUUCGAUACUGGGUGCUGCAGGUCAUCUUUGUGUCCGCACCUUCCCUGCUCUACAUGGGCCACGCUCUGUACUGCAUCCGAAUGCUGGAGAAGGAGCGCAUCAGGCGCCGCAUCCACCUGAAGGAGGAACUGGACGAUACAGAUCUGGAUAUUAGCGAGCACAAACGCGUGGAAAGGGAGCUGAGAAGGCUGGAAGAGCAGAAGCGGGUGAAGAGAGCUCCUCUUAGAGGCUCUCUUCUGAGAACAUACAUCAUCCAUAUCCUUGCUCGCUCCGCGGUGGAGGUCUUCUUUAUUCUUGGCCAAUACAUACUUUAUGGGAUUCAUCUGGAGCCUCUGUAUAAAUGUGAGAGGCUGCCUUGUCCCAACAGCGUGGACUGUUACAUCUCCAGACCCACAGAGAAGACAAUCUUCAUGGUCUUCAUGAUUGUGAUUGCUGGAGUGUCACUUUUCUUGAACAUUCUGGAAAUAUCCCACCUGGGUGUUCGUAAAAUAAAACAGACUCUGUAUGGAGAGCGAUACACGGAGGACGACAGUUUGAUUUAUAGGUCUAAGAAAAAGGCGUCCUUACCACAACUAUGUGUUAUGAGCAGUAUGUCUCCUCAUAAUGGGCCUUUGACCCAGACAUUUAAAGUGAUACCAGAGGAAGAGAUGAAGUCUGCUCAUUAUGGCAGUGGACUCAAAGUCAACCAGGAAGUGCCACGACACAACAGUUUGGUUCAUUUUGGUCCAACUGGCUACACUUGCCCCCAAACAAGGAUGUUACCUAGGUCUGGACAAACAACUGAAAACCCCCAAUCUAGUGAGGGUCAAGAGGUCCACACAGUAUUUAUGGACCAUCAUCCAGCCUGGGGCUCUGUCAUGUCCACAGUGGAAAUUAAUGCAACAAAACUUGUAGACAUCCACGAGGAAGAGCAUCCUCCCAGCCAUCAGGAACAUUUGCAGCCUGCCAGCACUUUAAGGUCUGGAAUAAUCCGUGACCACAAUGAAGACAAGAGGCGGGAGUCCUCAGUCAGCGAGCUCCUGUUCACCAACCCCAGGAAGACCAGCGUCAUGAUGAGGCCGCCGUCUGAGAGCUUAUCCUCCAUCACCAGCUCCACUCCUCCUUCUACACACAGCUCGGAGGAGUCGGACGAACUGGGCUCUCUGCAGGGAGACAUGCCCAUGAUGCCCCCUGCUGGAGGUCGGAGAAUGUCAAUGGCAAGUAUUGAUCAAGAUCUGCUCAUGUUGAUGAACUUCAGACAUCACCCUAAAGCAACGGACACACAUACGGGUUUUUAA